CGUGACGAUAGACGGAAUUCUAUUCAACUCAGUUGAAGAACGACAACCAAAAACCCAAGUUCAGGCUUGGUCGCUGUCGCAAUGUGUGUGCAAGGCCAAGAACACGAUGCGGCGCCAGAGCCGGAGCCACCCCGCCAUUAUGAGGACCCAUUUCCCUGGCAUCUCGGCGUCUUCGAUGCCCACAAUCACGUCGCUGAGCGAAUGCUCUCCGUUUCUGACUUGCCGAACAUGAAAACUCGAGCCAUAGCUGUCAUGGCAACCCGAACACAAGAUCAGUCGUUUGUCGCAGACCUUGCCGCAUCCCACGGUGUCAAGGGCCAAGACCGCUUCUCGCAAGAUACGACCACCGUGAUAGCUGGGUAUGGAAGACACCCUUGGUUUUGCCACGAGCUAUAUGACGAUUCUAUCGAAAAUCCGACAUACGUGCCUUCUGAGGAUGUUGAGGCUGCAAAAGCAAAACACUACAAGGCCGUUCUUACGCCGAACCCCGAAGAGCCUGCCUUCUGGAAAGACUUGCCAACACCAAUCCCACUCUCGACCUUCAUUGCCGAUACAAGAACACGACUACAGGCUGAUCCGCUCGCAAUGGUAGGCGAGGUCGGCCUGGAUAAACCUUUUCGGUUACCAAUGCAAUGGCAAUCUAAGGCGAAAGCUGUGCGAGAUCCAGCUCGCACUCCGGGAGGCCGGGAACGACGACCACUAAGCCCAUACAACAUCCAGAUGUCACACCAAAAGGCAGUUCUAUUGGCACACCUAAAUCUCGCUGGGGAGUUAGGUAGAGCUGCGAGUGUCCACGGGGUUCAGGUGCACGGAGUGUUGUAUGACUUUUUGGCGAGCUGCUGGAAGGGCCAUGAAGUCAGGGGCCGGCGCGCGCAGGAUAAGAAGCGCAAAGAACAAGCGAAAGAAACCGAAACCGAAGAACAUCUCGCCAAGCCAUAUCCACCACGCAUCUGCCUUCACUCAUUCAGCGGCAAGUCGGACGCGGUGAAGCAAUAUCUAAAACCGUCCAUCCCCACCAAAAUAUUCUUCUCUUUUUCCAAGACGAACAAUCUCUCCUCGGAGGCUGCCAGGGCAAAGACUGAGGAUGCGGUCAAGUUAGUGCCAGACAAUCGAGUGCUAGUUGAGAGUGAUCUUCACACAGCAGGAGAUAGGAUGGAUAAUGAACUAGAAGAGAUGUAUCGUGCAAUUUGUGAGAUCAAGGGCUGGGACUUGGACGAUGGUGUGAGAAAAAUUGCUGCCAACUACCAAGAGUUCAUUUUUGGUUGAAGUUAUAUAGAAUUUUGCUUGUUUUGCACAUCUGACGGUUUGCUUUAAGUGAUCAUUUAUGCUUAUAUCUAAGUUAUAAUCUCGACGG